AUGUCUUAUCUUUUUCGGUCGGAAAUUGCCCUUGAAAAUCAUCCAGAAUUAAGUAAGGUUGAGAUUACUUUGUCUGCUCCUCUCGGUUUGGAAAUUAUUGCUCCUUCUUUGCUUUCGGCCGAAGCGGCUGGCCAAUUAUUAUACUCCCUUUAUCACAAACUAAAUUAUCUUUUUGCUUACCUUGAUUACCAAAUAAAAAUUACCGAAGCAAGCCCGCAAAUUGACAAAAAUACCGUUCAGGACACGCUCGAUGGGAUAAGUAAUGCCGCCGAUUACGUCAAAAGUGCCCGAGCCAAAAAUUACGCGGCUUUGGCGAUAACCGACCAUUAUAACGUGCAAAUUUUUCCCGAAUUUAGCCAAGAACAAACUGAGGAUUUACAAAUUAUUUACGGCUGCGAAUUAGAAAUGCUAGAAGAUGAUUUACCACCUUACAUUUUUAACCACAAUUCUGCUAUUAAUCAGAAACUUUUAACAGUGCCAAUAACCGAUUUAAUUUAUUGCGUUUUUGACCUAGAAACCACCGGAUUUUUUGCGGCUUACAACGAAAUUAUUGAAAUAGGAUACGUAAUUUAUCAGAACGGGAAAAUUAUUCGGGAAGGGGAAUAUUUAGUUUGUCCGGAAAAACAGAUUGCUCCGGAAAUUUUGGCUAAUUGGUAUACUGACAUUGACCCCAAGGAGUUAAAAAAGGCUCCCAAAAUUAACCAAAUUUUACCCCGACUAAAAAAAGACUGGGAAAAUUGUGUUUUGGUGGCUCAUAAUGCUCGGAAUUUUGACUAUCCUUUUUUAA